UCUAAAUAGUUGGUCACUUGGUGACUGUUUUAUAACCUCAAACUUCAUUUUUAGAUUUCAAAAUGAUUUACAAAAAGCUGUCUUCACUUUCAGAAAUAUCAAAAGCACAAAUAUCCAAGAUCUUGAAUUCUUGCUCCGGUCUUAAAGAUCUUGUACUGGAUCCGAAAAUCAUCAAACCCUUAGAGAGGAUAUGCGGAAUUCGUUGGCUAAAGGCCAAUUACGUCGAGAAAAUCUUCAAAUUGGAGGACAACAUUCCAAACAGUUCCAAUCCGCAAUUUUACUUCAUUUACACGAGUUUGAGCACUCUAAAGAAGCUUCUGCAACAAAUUCGUUUGCGAUUAAAAAACGAUGCAACGGUGGCCGACAUGUACCACAUUGUAAUAAUACCUCGAUUUCUGUAUGUCUUCGAAAACAUGCUGGAAGAAAUGGGGUUAUUUGGGGUUGUGAAGCUUUACUCGUUGCAAUGGCAGCCUCUUCAUCUAGAUCGAGGCAUUUUGAGUUUGGAAAUACCUAACUUGUAUCGAAGGUUGUUUGUGCAGCAUGAUUUGUCGCUGCUACCGAUUUACGCUAAAAGUUUGUGGCACCUUUAUUUCGUUAUAGGAAAGCCGAGGUUCCACUUCGCUUUGGGUGCUCAUUCAAUCUCCGUACUGAAGCAGUUGGAUACUCUGUACGAGAAUUUACCUAACACUGACAAGGUGGAGGCAGAUUGCGGUGCUGUGAUAAUGUUAGAUCGUAACGUAGACUACGUCAGUGCACUUUUGACUCCCUCAACGUAUACGGCUUUGCUAAACGAGGUGUACGGUAUCAACUGCGGGGUGUGCGAGCAUAAAUCAACAGGCACUCCGGAGCACGACCAGAAAUUUAACCGCAUUCCAAAAAAGGAGCCUAUACAAAUUAUUCUCGACAGUACGAACGACUCAAUUUACCGCGACAUAAAAAAUCGAUACUUCCCCGAGGUGACCUCGAUCCUACGCACUUUGACUCGAGACUUGCGAAAAGAAGGAGAAAACUCGCGGGGGAUGGCUCUGGACGAGAUAAAAAAAUACGUAUCCACACAACUGCAGGCGACCGCGUCCAAAAUGAAGUACCUGGCCAACCAUUUGGAGGCGGCCCAGACGAUUAUAAACCACUUAGGCCACCGUUUCGAGAUGCAACAGGACACAGAACAACUGCUAAUCCAAAACAAAGGAAAGAGUUCCAACUUGGCCUAUCUGGAGGAGGUGCUCGUAACCGAAAACAACAGGAAUGCCGCGUUGAGGCUCCUCUGCCUAAUGGCAAUCACACAAAAACUCUCCGACAGCGAGGUGAAGUCAUUUUGGCAAAAGUUUCUUCACGAGUUCGGAUAUUAUUAUGGAUUCGUGCACAAUAAUCUACUUAGGGCCGGGUUUUUAACCGAAGAGACAUCCGCUUCCGCUAACCUACCGAAUAUUGUCAGUAAAUUUCUAACAAACGACUUUUACGUUAACAUCAAUAGGCUAAAACAGGCCCCCGUCGAUCCGGCGAAAGUUAGUUUAAAGGCGCCGACGUGUUGCAGUUACGUGUUUGGUGGUGCUUACAUACCUCUGAUCGUACAAAUUGCCAGUAUGAUUUUAUGUAAUACUCCGCUAAAUGAGAUUAAAACCAAGUUGGAGCCGUUAGGCCCGUUCAGCAUACGAAAUGAGCAAGGUUAUCCUCUUGAGGCACGAACAAUUUUGAUAUACAUAGUGGGCGGAGUCACAUACUCGGAAAUUGCAGCCUGCAAUUUAUUAGAAACACUGACUGGUAGCACAAUUAUCGUUUGUAGUGAUAAAAUAAUUUCAGGCAAUGAUCUGAUGGAAGCUUUAACUACUGUUUAACGCUGUCGAUUUUGGUUUCGCUUCACAUUUACAUUCAUCAUUACCAUCACAAUAACCGGCGGGCUUUCCUCCUUUCGGAAGGCAAUUGAGUAGGCAUCCGAUAUCGCCUCUAAUUAGGCAGAUGUAGUCAUCAGCAUCUAGUGCCAUUGUGAUAUAAUUAUAUAAAAUUGAAGAGUACAUAGCUGCAAUUACACAGACAGUCGUUAAUGCAAUUAACAUGUGUAGAAUAAUUGUUAAUCUUGACAUGGUUAAUAAGAUACCACUAGUGUUGUAAGCUCUCUUAUAUGUUGGUUAUAAUUAAUAUUGAGUGUCUUGGCAUUUAUGGUAAUUGUUUGUAAAUAAACGUUUAUGUACGUUGAUUAAUU